AUGGCGAUGAAAAAUAGUACUUCGGUGGACGAGGCGCUGGUCCGCAAGGGCCUGGAGCCGGGUUUCGUCGAAAAGCUGCUGCCCCAAAUGGUGGAGCUGGUGCGCUACUCCAGGCUUCUGCCGCAAGGAGAAGAACAUGCCAUCCGGAGGGGAUCCCGGGACUUCUUGGCCUCCUCUCGGGACCUGGGCGAGCGCUCCCUGGGAGCCGCUCACCAGAUCUUCUGCUUCUUGGCGCAGUCGCUGCACCAGGGAUCGAAGCCGGAGGACUUGAAGAACUUCAACCUCCUGGUAGACAGCAUUGAUGAUGCGCUGGAAAAGGUUGAUGGAAAUCUCAGGGAUGCCAAGUCUGGCAAGCAGGGAGAGGAAGUGGAGGAGGAGGAGCCUGCGCCGACCCCCUCAACAGGUUCGCACGUUGCCCGCACGGCCAAGCCACAGGUGCGAUGGCGUCAGCUGGUGGACAACCACCGGACACGUUUCGUGCCAAGACUGCUGGUCAAGCACAACGAGCAGACGCCGUUGAGCCCAAAGCUUGUGGAGGCUCAGUGCAAGGUCGGCAUCCGGCCUGGGGCCGUCCGAAAUCUCACACCAGAGCAGACCACGGUUUCUGAGGAGCCUUUGCCCCAUCCAUACGACGAGGAGCUCAGCGCUUUGUCUUGGCCGGACGAUUUCUUUCGGCCGCGCCCUGCCACACGCUACAAUCGUAUGGAGGAUACUCCAUUGAUCAUGGUUCGCACAGAGGCAGAGCUGAAGGAGAUGGUGGAGGAGAUCAAAGGAACCUGCGUUGGCAGCGAGAUUGCCGUAGAUGUUGAGCACCAUGACUUCAGGUCAUUUCGUGGCUUCGUGUGUCUGAUACAGGUAUCCACUCGGAAAAAGGACUUUCUAAUCGAUCCCUUUGAUAUCUUCGAGCAGCUGCACAUGCUGAAUGAGGUCUUCUCUGACCCGCGCAUUGUGAAAGUCCUCCACGGUGCAGAUCGUGAUGUACUUUGGCUGCAGCGUGACUUCUCUGUCUAUUUGGUGAACAUGUUCGACACAGGCCUUGCAACGCGCGCGCUGCGCCUGCAAGGUGGCUACUCCCUUGCCAACCUCGUGUCCCACUUCUGUGGGGUGAAGCUGGACAAGAAGUACCAGACCGCAGACUGGAGGGAGCGACCACUACCCACGGAGAUGGUCCACUACGCUCGGGCUGACACCCACUACUUGCUCUUUUGUUACGACUGCCUCAAGAAUGCACUGCUGGCACAGAGCGGCAUGGCCGCGAAGAGUGGUGUCAAUGUGGGCAUCACUGCGCUCGAGAACGGGGAUGUCGAGGCGACCGAUGAAGGAGUGCAGAAUCUCCAGGCAGUCAUGCAAAAGAGCGCUGGGCUCUGCGCCACCGUCUACCGGGAGCUUCCACACGACGGCGCCUCCGAGGCUGCCUCGCUCUGCGAUCGCUACGGGUCCAAGCAGCGCGCGCUGGAACCCAAGCAGAUGAGCGUACUCAAGGCUUUGACUGACUGGCGGGAUCAGCUCGCGCGCAGCAUCGACGAGUCACUAAACUUUGUGGCGCCCGAUGCUUGCCUUUGGCGAGUUUCCCUGGCAAUGCCCACAUCGCCUGUGAAGCUACGCAGCACUUGCAAUCCCCUGCCGGCCACACUACAGCAGCACGCGCAGGAGGUCGUGGACAUUGUAGUCAAGUGCGCUUUGCCAGCCGUGGACGGGGGCAGUGGGAUGCCCGACCCAGAGGAGAAGGAACAGUCGAAGGAGCGUUCGGCACCGGCUUCGGCUUCGCCAAGGGAGUCCUUGCCGAGCCCACCGGAGGCCGAGGACUCCACGGGAGAGGUUACGGCGACGACGCGAGGGAAGGCGCACGAGGACUGGCCGGUCAGGCUCGAGCAGUCGCCCCGCCCGCUGGUUCACGUCACCGCCAGCUUUGGCUUCCGGCAAGGCUCUGGCGAACCCGGCCUCAAGCGAAAGCUUUCGGUCCUUUGCGGCGACUCCGGCUCGGAGGAGCCUCCGGCGGGCGAUGACGACGGGAAGCCCCAAAAAGGGCGCGCUAGGGUCAUCAGGCGAAAAAUCAGCUUUGCAUCUCCCGCUCCGCCUGCCGCCAUCAUCCCCACGAAGGCCUCAGAGCCUCCUGAGGCUCGAGAAGCGGUCCACAGCGAGACACCAGGCUCCGGUCCAGCCUCGGAGACUGCGCGAGCGGCUCCGGAGGCUGCGGAGGCUGAGGAGGUGCCGGCACCACUCAGAAAGCGGAAGAAGAAGCGGCGGCGGCCGGAAGUGCUCGAGCAGACGGUGGAGACGCAGGUCGCCGCGAAACCGCCGGCGGCGUCUGCGCAGUCUGCUCGGGCUGGCCCAGCAAAGAUGGUGGAGCAAUCGGAGAGCGGCAUGGCCACUUCCACGGCGAAAGCGGCUGCUCCGGUCAGCGGCCAAGCACCAGAGGCCAAGUCGGUUGGAUCUGGCACGCCACUGGGUGUGGCUGCGGCGCCGAAAUCAGGCACUGCGGCAGCCCCAGCAGAAGCUGCUCCAAAAGCACCGGGCCCAGAGAUGUCGGAGGUGCGCCCGAAGAGGAAAGUGGUGAAGCGGAAGAAAGUGGUGCAGGAGACGGUGGUGGACCCCUACUUGUGA